GAGUGUGCAGGAAAGAAAGAAAGAGAGAGAGAGAGAGAGAGAACACACAUCAGGACAACACAACCCCCAUUCCCCAACGGAAAAUCUGUGCCUUUCCAGCUCCUGGAACUUCCGUGACCACAGAAAGGGGUCCACCGGUGGGCUCCUGGGUUGGAACGUUAGCCGGGAUGGCUGUUGUGCCGAUGGGAAUGGGAGCUCUCCGUUUUUAACACCGGGCGGAGGAACACCGAACACUGGGUGUAUGCAGCCUGUCACCAACACCCACGCACUCGGCCUUCCCAACAUCCUUUCAUAGGAUUCAAACUGCGUUCGAUUUAGAGCAGACUGUCGGAGGCCGUCUAAAAUGAGGAGACCGGGGCCACAGAAAGCCAUAGAGUGGAGAGACGGCAGAAGACACAAGUAUGCUCGGAGCGGCCGCCCGUCAAACACUCCGUCUCCGUACCAAGGUCAUUUCAGUUGGGACAAAUAUCUUAAGGAGACGGGUGCUGUUGCUGCUCUUUCCCAAUGCUUUAAGCAGUCCUUCGUGCCGCCCGUCAACGAGUUCAAGAUCGGGAUGAAGCUGGAAGCCCAGGACCCUCGCAACGUGACGUCCACCUGCAUCGCGACCGUGGUGGGCAUCACCGGCGCCCGGCUCCGCCUGCGGCUGGACGGCAGUGACAACAAGAACGACUUCUGGCGGUUGGUGGACUCCUCGGAGAUCCAACCCAUCGGGAACUGCGAGAAAAAUGCAGGGAUGCUUCAGCCGCCCCUCGGGUUCCGUCUGAACGCCUCGUCCUGGCCCAUGUUCCUGCUGAAGACCCUGAGCGGAGCAGAAAUGGCCCCGGUGCGAAUAUUUCACAAGGAGCCACCGUCACCCACGCAAAACCACUACAAAACGGGGGUGAAACUGGAGGCUGUGGACCGCAAGAACCCGCACUUCAUCUGCCCGGCCACCAUUGGCGAAGUGAGGGGCACCGAGGUGCUGGUGACCUUCGACGGCUGGAGAGGAGCCUUCGAUUACUGGUGUCGCUACGAUUCCAGAGACAUCUUCCCCGUGGGCUGGUGCGCUCUGACCGGGGACAACCUACAACCCCCGGGGACUAAGGUAAUCUUUCCAAAGAACCCCACUCCACCACCUCCAGACGUGAGCAGUGAGAAGCUCAGCAUGCAGGCCCCCCCGAGGUGCAUCCCUGAGCACCUCCCAGCCCAGCGAGGUCGCAAGCCGGGUCGCAAGCGUGGCCGGGUGGGCCUAACCUCGUGCGGGGACAAACCAGACCCCCAACACCCCAUCCCCUCGCCCGCCAAGACCCUAGAACCGUUAAAAAUUCCAAAGAAGAGAGGACCAAAGCCUGGGAGCAAGCGGAAACCCCGAGCUCUGCAUAACCCCGUCCCCAGCUCUCCCACCUCCAGCACACCAGAGCCCGACACCAGCACCGUCCCACAGGACGCUGCCACAAUCCCCAGCACGGCCAUCAUGCAGUCCCCAACAGUCUGCGUUUACUUGAACAAGAACGGCAUCACGGGCCCACACCUCGACAAGAAAAAGCUGCAGCAGCUCCCUGACCACUUCGGGCCAGCCCGAGCCUCCGCAGUCCUGCAGCAAGCUGUGCAGGCCUGCAUCGACUGUGCCUACAACCAGAAAAUGGUCUUUGCCUUCCUCAAACAGGGCCACGGCGGAGAGGUCAUAUCAGCCACGUUUGACCGGGAGCAGCACACGCUGAACCUGCCGGCGGUGAAUAGCGUGGUGUAUGCCCUGCGCUUCCUGGAGAAGCUCUGCCACAGUCUGCGCUGCGACAUCCUGUUCGGGAGCCAACCGUUCAGCCAGGGCUCCGCGGCCAAUCACAUCGCCCCCGAGUAUGAAAUCGACCGCUUCAAACCAGGUAAGACCGACUCCGUGGAGGGAAGUGUUCAAGGCUCCGUUAAAGGCACCAAACGAUUUUUGCAAGACUCCCCGCUGUACGGCGCUCCUCUCUCGCCCAAACUCUCCAAAACUGACUGGCACCCGUCGAAAGCCGAGACCUUUGUCCUGGACGAUGGAUUUCCCCGCCCCCCCGAGCACCGGCUCAACCCCAUGGACUCCGCCCUCAACUCCGUCAACUCGUCCAGCCCCACCCGCCGCAACUCCAGGGAGUUCCGUGUGUACCGGCCCCUCCACCACUCGACCAGCCUAACCCAGAACAAGCCAGUGACCUUGAGGAGGCUCAGCUCCGGAGGUUCGGAUCGCUAUAUGGCCUCGCGGGACCCCCCUCGUUCGAUCGGCAGAGACCCCUCCACCUGGACCGUGGAGGACGUGAUGCAGUUUGUGAGGGACGCAGACCCCCAGUCUCUGGGACCUCACGCGGACCUCUUCCGGAAGCACGAGAUCGACGGCAAAGCUCUGCUGUUAUUACGGAGCGACAUGAUGAUGAAGUACAUGGGCCUGAAGCUGGGACCAGCCUUGAAGAUCUGCUACCACAUCGACAGACUCAAGCAGGGAAAAUACUAACCCGGGACCUGGGCGGAAAGCGAGACUUUCAACCAAAUUCCAAAAAAAAUAUAUAUAUAACGCCAGAACAGGGAGCUGGCCAGACAGCUCCAGGCGAGGAGGACGGUGGCUCGAAGGGCAAUUUGGUCCAGUUCUGCCCCUUUGCUUCCCAAGGUGGGACCCGUCAAGAGUCAGCAGUUGAACCGGAUUUUUUUCUCAACGGGUCAAUC